AUGGCUAACCUCAGCGAUAGGUAUACCAAUAUGCCCAUACUACGUGACGACGAGAUUGCCAAAGAGGUCGAAAAGUGGCGGCUCGAGAUUAACACCUUGAACAAACUUUUUAGUGGCCUCAUCUUGAAGGCUAAACUUCAAGCGGAGCUAGUCAAACUUGCUAGAGGAACGGUCUAUUUUGUGUACGGCAAAGACGGUUCUGGCAUCUCCAGCAUCAACGCAAGCAUCGAAUCGCCCCUCCAAGUUUCGUGGACCACUACUGUUCACAAUCAGCGAACCAUUGUUGUUGGAUACGAGACAAAGUGUCACCGAGACAAUUUCAGCGCCCUCUCAGCAGCGCGUGUCGCUUGGCACGACCAACGCAACUCCAGCAAGAUCACUCGAAACAGGAACUACAUUCCCAGCCCCGGUGAACAAGAAGGUCCGGGAGGUGGGCAAGAUGACAAUCUCCUCGAUGCCCUUGCAAAUGUGCCCGAGGGGUUUGUCUGGCCUAGCUUGAAUCAGAAGAAGAUCGAGGUCUCAAACAUUCCGGGUUCGCAUGGGAGUCUGGGAAUUCGUAACCCUGCGAUCGCUAAUGAUAAGCGCUAUGGUGGCUCUCGGGUCGAGGAGGAGCUGAAGCGCAGAGGGCCCAAAUGA